AUGAUGAAUAAUCGAGCACGUGCGACGACCGCGCUACUAUGGACGUCUGCGGGCCUUGCUCUUGCGGGAUCCCCGUUUCCAGGAACACCAGGCAGCCUCAAAGGCGUGCUUGGAGAGAAGAGUCCGAAGAAAAUGGGAACAUGUCACAAGCCUACGGGCCCUAUCGAAACAACCCUAUGUGACUUUGAAACUGUCGAGAGUGUCAAUAGCAAGCUGUUUGGUCAGCUUGCAGACCUCGUUACCACCCCGUUUUUCAAGUAUUUCAAGGUCGAUCUGUACCGUGGCUGUCCGUUCUGGGAAGACGAUGGUUACUGCGUCAUGCGAGAAUGCGGGGUUACUUCUGUCGACGAGAGCCAAGUUCCCGAAAUGUGGCGCACUGCGGCACUGAGUAAAGUCCAAGGUCUCUCAGAAGAAUCGAGGAAAUCCUUCCCAGGCUGUUAUUACCGGGACUCUGACUUUUGCUUCCUCGACGACGAAGCGACAUCCGACGGUGAAUAUGUCGACUUGACUGCCAACCCCGAACGCUUUACCGGCUACUCUGGGCAGGGAGCCCAUCAAGUCUGGAAAGCCAUCUACGAGGAGAAUUGCUUUGGGCUCACCGAAGCCAAGCAGUCCGGUAGACUCGGUGGUCUCGGUGUGCCAACCAGUAAACCACUGUCUGGCGUCGUAAUCCCACCCGGACUGGCAUCAGAAGGAGGCGAUCCAAAGACAUGGGAGGCAUCGGGCGCGACGUGUCUCGAAAAGCGAGUCUAUUAUCGAAUCAUUUCAGGGCUCCAUGCAUCCAUUUCGACCCAUAUCUGCAUGGAAAUUCUGAAUCGACAAACUGGAGAAUGGGAGGCCGACCUGCAAUGCUACAUUGACCGCGUUGCAUCACAUCCCGAACGACUACAGAACAUCUACUUCAACGCCGUUCUGAUGCUACGUGCACUCCGAAAAGUUGGGCCAUACCUACAAGCCUACAACAUCUGUUCGGGCGAUCUGGAAGAGGAAAAACGCAGCAGGUUCCUGCUCAACAACGUUCUCGAGAUUGCUGGCGAAGUCGGCAAAUUCGAUGAGAGCACAUUGUUCAAGGGUGCCGACGCUGCGAUCCUCCGGGAAGAGUUCAAGGACCGCUUCAGGAACGUUACCCGUAUCAUGGAUUGCAUCGGGUGCACCAAAUGCAGACUAUGGGGCAAGAUCCAGACUACUGGAGUUGCCACUGCUCUCAAGAUCCUCUUCGAGUUUGACGAAGCCACGCUUGAUCCUCGUGUCAACCCUAAUCUCCUUCAACGUGCUGAAGUCGUGGCCCUGAUCAACACCCUACACCGAUUUACCGAGUCCUUAAAUGCGGUUGAACAGUUCCGGAAGAUGUGGGAGCUCGAGUAUGGGCCUGCUGUUUCGGUUCCUUCCCGCUCUGACGAAACCGUACCGCCUACUUCAGCUAGACCUACUGCUGAACCUGCCAGACCUAGUCUGAUAAGCAAACUCGCCGACUUGUGCCCAGCCUGUGUGCGAAAUUGGGCACAAGGCGUACAAGAGUUUGCUAGCGGUCUCAUGACUGAAGUCGAGGAUAUCUUCUCCAUGUCCAAAGAUGGAGUUCCACGACCAGACUUAUAG